GAAGAAGUGAGGAGGAAACACAUCCGCCUGCACAUGGAAGGGACUCUCACUGCCCGGGACAAGGUGGGCGUGCAGGACUUUGUGCUACUGGACGCCUACACCAGCGAAUCCGCCUUCCUGGAGAAUCUUCGCAAGCGGUUCAGAGAGAACCUCAUCUAUACAUAUAUCGGCACGCUGCUUGUGUCUGUGAAUCCGUACCAGGAGCUGGGGAUCUACACUGCCAGCCAGAUGGAGCUUUACCAAGGGGUCAAUUUCUUUGAACUACCACCACAUGUCUACGCCAUCGCCGACAACGCCUACCGCAUGAUGUGCCUGGAGCUCAGCAACCAUUUCAUCCUCAUCUCCGGAGAGAGUGGAGCCGGGAAGACGGAGGCCUCCAAGAAGAUCCUACAGUACUUCGCGGUGACCUGCCCCAUGACCGAGUCACUCCAAAUAGCCCGAGACAGACUGCUGCUCUCCAUCCCAGUCCUGGAGGCUUUUGGAAAUGCCAAGACGCUUCGGAAUGACAACUCCAGCAGAUUUGGAAAAUACAUGGACAUACAGUUUGACUUUCAGGGUGUUCCAGUAGGUGGGCACAUCAUCAGUUACCUGAUCGAGAAAUCCCGAGUCGUCUACCAAAACCAUGGCGAGCGGAAUUUCCACAUCUUCUACCAGCUGCUAGCGGGUGGUGACGCGCGGCGCCUCGCUUCCCUGGGGCUUGAGCAAGACCCCCAGCUGUACAAGUACCUCUCACAGGGUCACUGUGCCAGAGAGUCACCCACCAACGACAAGAAUGACUGGAAAACGGUGUCCAGUGCCUUUUCUGUCAUUGGUUUUACUGAAGCCGACCUUGAGAACCUCUUUGGAAUCAUCGCCAGCGUCCUACACCUGGGCAACAUUUGUUUCAAGGAGGACAAACAAGGCUGUGCCAGUGUGCCGGACACUCACGAAAUCAAGUGGAUCGCCAAGCUCCUGGGGGUCUGCCCAGCAGUUCUUCUGGAAGCUCUCACUCACAGAAAGAUUGAAGCCAAAACAGAGGAGGUGGUUUGCCCACUGACGGUAGAACUCUCUGCUUAUGCUAGAGAUGCCAUGGCAAAGGCUGUUUAUGGACGGACAUUUACUUGGCUGGUCAAUAAGAUCAACUCUUCCUUAGUUAAAAAGGAUUUCACCGAGAAGACCGUGAUCGGGCUGUUGGACAUCUACGGCUUUGAAGUCUUCGACAAGAACGGUUUUGAACAGUUCUGCAUAAACUACUGCAACGAGAAACUGCAGCAGUUGCUGAUAGAACGGACGCUGAAGGCCGAGCAGGCUGAGUACGAGUCGGAAGGCAUUGAGUGGGAGCCUGUCCAGUACUUCAACAACAAGAUUAUCUGUGAUUUGGUGGAAGAGAGACACAGAGGGAUCAUCUCUAUUCUGGAUGAAGAAUGCAUCCGCCCAGGUCCUGCUACAGACUUGAGUUUCCUGGAGAAGCUGGAGGAGAAAGUGGGCAAGCACGCGCACUUCCGAACCCGGAAGCUGGCUGGUCCAAAGGGCCGGAAGAGGAUCGGCUGGCUGGAGUUCUGCCUCCUGCACUAUGCAGGAGAGGUCACCUACUGCACCAAAGGAUUCUUGGAGAAAAACAAUGACCUGCUUUACAGACACCUGAAGGAGGUGCUGUGCCUGUCCAAGAACAGCAUCCUGAGGGAAUGUUUCCUGGUGGCCGAGCUGGAAAACCGGAGGCGGCCCCCAACGGUGGGGACUCAGUUUAAGAACAGCCUUAGCAGCCUGCUGGAAAUCCUCAUCUCCAAGGAGCCUUGGUACAUCCGCUGCCUCAAGCCGAACGAGAGGAAGGAACCCAGCAAGUUUGAUGACUUCCUCAUCAGCCACCAGAUCAAGUACUUGGGCCUAAUGGAGCACCUGCGUGUGCGGCGGGCCGGCUUCGCCUACAGACGCAAGUACGAACACUUCCUGCAGAGGUACAAGUCACUGUGCCCAGACACCUGGCCGCACUGGCACGGACCCCCAGGAGAGGGCGUCGAGCGGCUAAUCAAGUAUAUUGGCUACCAACCUCAGGACUACAAGUUAGGGAGAACCAAAAUAUUCAUUCGCUUCCCCAGAACCCUUUUUGCUACUGAAGAUGCCUUUGAAUUUAGUAAGCAUCAAUUAGUUUCAAGAAUCCAAGCCACAUACAAAGGCUGCCUAGGAAGGAGAGAAUACGUGAGGAAGAGACAAGCAGCCACCAAGCUAGAAGCCCAUUGGCGUGGUGCCCUGGCUCGGAAGGAGAUCAAGAGGAGGAAGUGGGCGGUGCAGACCAUUCGGAGGUUUGUCAAGGGCUUUAUCAACCGGAACAAACCCCUGUGUCCUGACAAUGAGGAGUUUGUGGUGCUUGUGAGGAAGAACUACAUCUUGAAUCUUCGCUACCACGUGCCAAAGAGUGUGCUGGACCAGAGCUGGCUGAGGCCCCCCGGCAUCCUGGAAACGGCCUCCACUCUGCUCAGGAAGAUGUGCAUGAGGAACCUUGUUCGGAAGUACUGCCGCGGAGUCUCAGCUGAGAGGAAAGCCAUGAUGCAGCAGAAGGUGGUCACGAGUGAAAUAUUCAAGGGGAGGAAGGAAGGCUAUGAGGAGAGCUUAAACCAAGCCUUUGCCAGCAGCCGGCUGGGCGAAGGCGACAUAAAUCCCAAAGUGCUUCAACUGCUCGGCACUGAGAAAAUCCAGUAUGGCGCCCCGGUCAUCAAGUAUGACAGGAAAGGCUUCAAGGCCCGGCAGCGCCAACUCCUCCUCACCCUGAGAGCGGCGUAUGUGGUGGAGCUUUCCAAAAUCAAGCAGAAGAUAGAGUAUUCAGCGCUGAGAGGCGUGUCCACCAGCAGCCUGAGUGACAGAAUCCUGGUCAUUCACGUCUCACCAGCCGACAAACAGCAAAAGGGGGAUGUCAUCCUGCAGUGUGAGCACGUGUUUGAGGUGGCCACCAAACUCGCCAUGCUGACUAAGAAGGAGCAUGCCGUCCGAGUUGUUCAAGGAAGUUUACAGUUCUACGUCGGUCCUGGGAAAGAAGGCACAAUAGUCUUUGAGACUGGAGCAGAAGACCAAGUCUGUAAGGACAGAGACGGACAGUUAACGGUGGUGUCAGCAGGGAGGAAGACCUGA